UCCUAAAGCAUCUUCCCCACAACACAGUCUGUUUCUUGACCCUCUGACGCCCACGAGAGGGACGACCUCUCCUCUGCUGCACAUUGAAUCUUUCUUUUCCUCUGGCUCUUUACCUCAGAUUCCCUGCUGCACACCUGAACGCACCCCGCCAUGUCAGACAACGAGGAAGCGGUGGAGGAAUAUGAGGAGGAGGUGGAAGAGGAGGCUGCUGAAGAGGUCGCUCAAGAGGAAGACAACCCUGCUGCAGAGGAAGAGGCCAACGAAGACCUAGAUGGAGAAGGAGGAGCGGAGGAGGGAGAAGAGGAGGAGGCCAAACCCAAAUUCAAGCCAUUCAUCAUGCCAAACCUCAUCCCUCCUAAGAUCCCAGAUGGAGAGAAGGUGGAUUUUGAUGACAUACAUCGGAAGAGGAUGGAGAAAGACUUGAUGGAGCUGCAGACUUUGAUAGAGGUUCACUUUGAGAGCAGAAAGAAGGAAGAAGAAGAGCUCAUUAAUCUCAAAGACAGGAUUGACAAGCGCCGUUCCGAGCGAGCAGAGCAGCACAGGAUCCGCAGUGAGCGAGAAAAAGAGCGUCAAAAGCGCCUUGAGGAGGAAAGAGCUCGUAAGGAGGAGGAGGAGGCCAAGAAGAGGGCAGAGGAUGAUGCAAAGAAGAAGAAAACCCUGACCAGCCUCCACUUCGGAGGUUACAUGCAAAAGUUGACGGAGAAAAGGAGCGGUAAGAGGCAGACAGAGAGAGAGAAGAAGAAGAAGAUCCUGCAUGAGAGACGCAAAUCUCUGGACGUCGAGAACUUGAGUCAGGACAGACUGAAGGAGAAAGCUAAGGAGCUGUGGGAGUGGAUGUACCAGCUGGAGGCAGAGAAGUUUGAACUGCAGUACCAGCUCACCAGCCAGAAAUAUGAGAUAAAUGUGCUGAGAAACCGUGUGAGCGACCAUCAGAAAACAUCCAAGAGGACCAAGAGAGGCCUAAGGAAAUAGGCUCUGACAUGCUAAGUGAGCAACAUCAGCCCCGUCCUGCACCUAUUGCCUCAAACCAAACCCUGGAUUUCCUGCCACACCUCAGUCCCACCUAUUUUACUAAUACCACAACCUGCAGUACCAAUUAUACUCAGUCUAUCUCAGUGCACUGUUUUUCUCUUGUUACCAUCGUUUUGGAUGAGAAUAAGGGUGUAUGGGUGUAAAUAAAACCAUCUUGGUUGAAUCUUU